UAAACGAAAUAUGCAUUUAAUGCAUACGCAUAGUGUUACAUAUAUAAAAUCGGUCCAUUGUAGAUACUCCAGGUUAUCGGUGCGGCAAUAGCAGGCAGAGCAGCGAUCAACCAAAAGACUGUAAAGAGGCAACUAGAAAUCAGAGCACCGCACUUCCCCCCUCUAUACACUCUCAGCCUUUGCUACGGAAACUCACUCCCGCAAGAAACCAAAAGCACACAAGCCAAGAUGUUCAUUUGGGACUGGUUCACGGGUGUUCUGGGAUACUUAGGUCUAUGGAAAAAGUCCGGCAAACUAUUGUUCCUUGGCUUGGAUAAUGCUGGUAAAACCACAUUAUUGCAUAUGCUCAAAGAUGAUAAGCUUGCGCAGCACGUGCCUACACUGCAUCCAACAUCCGAGGAGCUUUCCAUCGGCAAUAUGCGUUUCACUACAUUCGAUUUGGGUGGCCACACUCAGGCACGUCGUGUCUGGAAGGAUUACUUCCCAGCUGUGGAUGCCAUCGUGUUCUUGAUAGACGCAUGGGAUCGCGGCCGCUUCCAGGAGAGCAAAAACGAGCUGGAUUCGCUGCUCACAGAUGAGGCGCUCUCCAACUGCCCCGUGCUCAUAUUGGGCAACAAAAUUGAUAAGCCCGGUGCGGCCAGCGAAGAUGAGCUGAGGAAUGUUUUUGGACUGUAUCAGUUAACGACCGGCAAGGGCAAGGUUGCACGUUCGGAUUUGCCUGGUCGCCCCUUAGAAUUAUUCAUGUGCUCAGUACUGAAGCGACAGGGUUAUGGUGAGGGUUUCCGUUGGUUAGCGCAGUAUAUUGAUUAAGUCAUGAUUAACAGUAACAAAACAAGAAACAAUAACAGGCAGAAAUCAGCAACAGCAACAGCAAAAACAAAACACACAACAGCAACAAAAUCUGAGAAGAACUUGGAGUCAAAAUUGAGAACAGACCGACCGAAUACGAAUAAAACCCAAACCGACCCGACAGUAAGCAAAACGAUGCUGCGAGCGCAAUUUCUAAUUUAUACACAGUUAUAAACCAUAAUAAUAAAUGAAAACAGAAGCAACUAAAUUAAAUAAAAUAAUAUUUUUUAAAAGAAAAACCAACAACAACUACAAAGUGCAAAACAAAACUCUUUUAACAAUUCGCAGAGAUACAAAAACAAAAAAUAUUGCGGGAAAAUUGUAAAGUGUAUGGGAAAAACUUUUUAAAUAACUAUAUAUGAAUUGUAGCAAAUUAAAGGUGAUUUUUUUAAAACGAACAUGUGCUUGCUUAUGUUUCGUAAAUAAAUUUUAAUUAAAUA